AUGACGCGAAGGACAGUCUACGCCGCCGGCCUCGUCCUCACCUUGGCCUGCACCAUCAUGACCAUUGCCAGUAUCUCGAUGCCGCGCUGGGUCAGUUACAGCCCCAACGGCGAGCGCGAAUACUCCUAUGGCCUCCACACUCGCUGCUCUGCCAUCACAGGCACCUGUGUUUCCUUUCCCAAGUCGAGCGACUGCACAAAAGAUCCCUCCUUUUGCAACAUGUGGCGCACGGUUGGCUUCCUGACCUCCUUCGGUGUUGUCGUUGAGCUUUGCGCCAUCGUCGCUUUUGUCGUCAUCAUUUCUGGUGGUGUCCAGCGCAGGGCCGCUGGCUGGCAAGUUGCUGUCGGUGUCUUGUCCUUUAGCGCCCUCGUCCAGUGCGCUGGCAUGGCUAUAGUGGCUUUCCUCUUUGACCAUGACGAUCGAUUCUGGAACGGCUGGCAUCUCGAUCUCUCCUGGUCUCUGUGCACUGCCAGCUGGACCAUUCUCAUCCUGACAUCCAUUGGCAUUGCCGCUUCCGCCUUUUACCUGCCUGCCGAGGGCGACUACGAACUUAUUCCCGAAGACUACUACGGUCCUCCAGACGAUCGGCUUCUUUCGCGCAUUUCGGCUUGGGACAACGGUUUCAAGGGCCCAGACUCCGGAAUGCAGUAUAGCUAUCAGCGGGAUCAGGAUAGCAUGAGUGACGUUGUCAGCAUCGCCGCCAGUAGCAUUGCUGCGAGCCAUAGACGGGAAAGUGAUGUUAGGAAAUAA